AUGACCCCAAGUGUCUCGGCUUCUCUUCCUGGUUCUGCCGGUCCCGUCAUGCUCGCUCCUCCGCCUUCCCGCGUAAUGCAGCAUAGGCAUCAUGAAAGUGAAGAGCCGCUCAGUAUGUCAGAACUGUCGGCAAAGGAAAUAUACAAUGAAGAGUUCUUCGGUUUAGUUACGGAGUACUUCACUCCCCAAUAUUAUAGUCAGGAGCAAUAUGUCCGCACCGACGGCCACUGCUCGACCCUGUGUAGCCCUUGGCUCGAAACCGUCCCUCUGCUUCUAGACACAAGCAAGAGUACACCUCUUCUGUCAGUGUCGCUCCGAACUUUAGGCUACUCAAUCAUCACCAAGGAAAAUAGAGACCGUAGGAGCAAUCAAUGGGAUCUCUGUCGCGCACAGUCAUAUACGAAAGCUGUGCGUUCAUUGAAAAAUAAAAUCACCGAAGAUGACGGUGGUUGCAAUGAAUCCGCUGCUGCUAUUAUUUCGGCCAGAGAGAGAAUGGCUACUGACAGCUACAAGUGGUUAGUACCCACAUCCCGAGAGGGCUGGAUCGCCCACAUCAGAGGUAUCGGCCGGAUGAUGGAAAUGUGUGGCCCAGAGUCAUUUGCUAGACCGGUUUCGCACCAGCUCUUUAUCGGCUUCCGGCCGCUAGUUAUCCUGGAGGCGUGCAUCUCCCGUCAAGAUACAUUCCUGUCCUCACAUGAGUGGCGGACAAUACCGUUCGCGCUCCUAGAACCAUCGCCAUUGCAAACGCUAUUAAGUCACGGUUCUAUCCUGCCUUCCAUUUUACAGAGAGUCCAGUCUAUAGACUCCCUGCCUCUCAAAGAUAGGCGAUCCGAGUGUCAAAGUAUUCUUGCGGAUCUAAUAAAUACUUUGCAGGAGCUUGACAUAUGGGAACAGUCUCUGCAAGCUGCGAUAAAUGGUCCACUAUGUUGGCCAAUAACAACGUGUUCAUCUCCGGCGAGGGCUAAUAGUGCGGUAGAGGGGUCUUUGUGGUUUUACAGCCUUCCAAUUGCCACAUCCUUGACGCAUUUAUGGGCCUUUCGUGCAGUGUGUUUCAGUCAGAUAGCACACCUGUUAUCAUCAGAUCCGACGCUUCGCACGGAGGCAAUGCGGACUUGCCUGAACGUGUCUGAAAUGGAGGACUGUCGCCAGCAAACUUUUGCCUUCCACAGAAUGGUUUGCCAGAGUAUGCUCUAUUUCAAACAGAGCACGUUGAGAUUCUACGGUGCAGCGGCGGUCACCCUUCCGCUAAGAGUGACACAGAUGGCCUUGUUACUGCUGCCUGCGGAUUCGUGA